AAAGAAAUGAAUGAGUAGAAGCUCAAUCAUGCCAUUGAUAUCGAACUCCUAUUCACAACUCAACAAUAUAUCCAGACAAAUCCUCAAUUUCUUGAACAAAACCUGUAUUUCACCUUCUCAAAUCUCCCAAAUCCAAGCUCAAAUCAUCCACAACAAUCUCCAUUUCAACACCACCAUAGCCCACAACUUCAUCUCUGUAUCCAAAUCUUUAGGUCUCUUAAACUCUGCUUACACGCUUUACACUAAACUCAUCAAGAAACCCCACAUCUUCAUCUGCAACACACUGAUUCAAGAAUGUUCACAUUCCGAAAUCCCAGUACUGAAACAGAACUCGAUUUCCAUGUAUGCUCAUAUGCAUAAAGAAGGUAUUUUUCCUAAUAAUUACACGUACCCUUUUGUUCUAAAGUCUUUAUCUGACCUUAAGGAGCUAAAAUUAGGCAAAUCUGUACAUACCCAUGUUGUGAAAUGGGGUUAUGUUUGUGAUAUUUAUGUGCAGAAUUCGUUGUUGAAUUUGUAUGCUUCUUGUGGUGAAAUUGAGUUUUGUCAGCAAGUGUUCGAUGAAAUGCCUCAAAGAGAUGUUGUUUCGUGGACGGUUUUGAUUAUGGGGUAUAGAGAUUGUGGGAAGUUUGGUGAUGCACUUGUUUUGUUUGAGAAAAUGAGGGAUUCGGGUGUGGCGCCUAAUCGGGUGACUAUGGUGAAUGCAUUGUCUGCUUGUGCUAAUUGUGGUGCUUUAGAUAUGGGGGUAUUGAUACAUGAUGAAAUAAGGAGGAGUGGAUGGGAAAUGGAUGUGAUUUUGGGUACUUCUUUGAUAGAUAUGUAUGGGAAGUGUGGGAAAAUCGAACACGGUUUUUGGGUAUUUCAAGAGAUGAAGCAUAGGAAUGUGUAUACUUGGAAUGCUGUGAUCAGGGGGUUGGCGUUAGCUAAAAGCGGGGAGGAGGCAGUGCGAUGGUUCUUCAUCAUGGAGCGCGAAAAUGUCAAACCUGAUGAAGUGACUUUAGUAGCCGUGCUUUGUGCUUGUGCUUAUACCGGAAAGGUUGCACAGGGAAGAGAAAUUUUUUCUUGGUUGAUGAAUGAGAAGUAUGGAUUUCCACCUGGUGUGAAACACUAUGCGUGUAUGGUUGAUCUAUUAGCACGUUCGGGGUAUUUAGAAGACGCGCUAAGGAUGAUCACAGACAUGCCAAUGGAACCAACAAAGAGCGUUUGGGGGGCAUUGCUUGCUGGCUGCAGGUUACAUGGAAAUCAAGAACUGAGUGAGUUUGCUGCAUGGAAGCUUAUAGGAUUGGCACCAAUAAACUCGGCCUACUACGUCGUGUUGGCUAAUUUAUACGGUGAAAUGGGAAGGUGGAAUGACGCGGAGAAAAUUCGAGCGUUGAUGAAAGAGAGGGGAUUAUCAAAGGACUUUGGUAGUAGUUCAGUUGAACUUGAGGAUCAAAAGGAUCAACUAGAGUUGUUAAGGUGACAACAAGAAGUGUCAAAAUUCUUGUCAUUUGCAAAAUAGGGAAGUUGAUGUGUUCAUUGAGCUCUUGUUUGAUCACUCCUACCAUGAUCUUGUGGUGACUAUGCAUCAAUGAGACAUGAAGGAGAAAUUGUCACCUUAAUGUACUACUAUGUCCGCUUCAAUUUAUUUGUCUGGUUUUGACUUGACACGGGAUUAAAGAAAGUAAAGAAUGUUAUUAAAUCGCAACAAUGUACACAAUUUAUUCAAAUAUUAUAUUUAUAAAAUAAUACAU